AGCUGGAGGAACUCGGGAGGGUCUUGAGAGAAAUUUAAAAACACACGGCCAGUACACCCCUCUCCGAUCUACGACUAAUGGACGCAAUGGCAAGCCCAGGCAAAGAAAGCUAUCGAAUGAAGAGCUACAAGAAUAAAGCCCUGAACCCCCAGGAAAUGCGGAGACGGAGAGAGGAGGAAGGGAUACAGCUCCGUAAACAGAAGAGGGAGGAGCAGCUGUUCAAGAGGAGGAAUGUGUCUCUGCCACCUGGUGAUGAGUCCAUGCUUGAAUGCCCCAUUCAGGACCCUGAUAUCAGCUCCACUGUACCUGUAUCAGGUGUAAGUAAUUCAGGCAGCAGGCCAUCUGUCAUUGUUGUCAAACAGAUGAUUGGACUGUAAAGUUCACA